CCUUGUCAGCCUACGGACUACCACCUCGUAUUCUCUCUUCGCCCGUGUCUGGUCCGUGUUCCGAUUCGUGUUAUUAUCCUCGAUUCCAUAAUUUCUUCCUUUACUUUUCUCAUUUGCCCUCUAUCUUUUUAAUUGUUAAACGACACCAAUUCUUUGUGGGGGACAUGGCAUGCUGAUUCAACAAUUUUCCCCCCCGGACACUGAUCGCGACCAUCUCGGACCCUUUUUCGCUGGGCGAGUGUUGCUCUUCCCAACAUGUCAACUUUCCUCGCCGGUAAUAUAACCACCAACUACGAUCGCAGUCGUCGAAUGUCUGGUGCAUCACCUCAGAACCCGGCCGCAGACUUCCCGUAUGCCGACAAGACCUUUUCAUCCGACGGGGGUCCUGUCAUAGACGACAGCCGGGAUGAAAACAGAGAAGUGCGCGACCUUGCCCGGCAAUACUCACGUACGUCGACUGAGAUUGGCCAUCAUCCUUUCGACAGCGCCGGUGUCGAUUCGGAAGUUGAUCCCAACUCCGACAACUUCAAUGGCCGAGCAUGGACCAAGGCAAUGCUGAAACUCCAGAAGAUGUCUGGUCAGGAGAAUGUCGGGAGGACGGCUGGUUUUGCUUUUCGGAAUCUCUCCGCCUUUGGCUUUUCCAAGGGCAGUGACUUCCAAAAGACGGUCGACAAUUAUAUUCUGGCCGGAGCAGAUCUGGUCAGAUCUAUCAUCGGCAACAAGGGUCGUCGCGUUGAUAUUCUGCGCAAUUUCGAGGGUGUGGUACAGCCCGGUGAAAUGCUGGUUGUGCUCGGUCCUCCUGGUUCUGGUUGCUCGACUUUUUUGAAGACAAUUGCUGGAGAAACACAUGGCUUCACGCUGAGUGAUGACACGUAUAUCAACUAUCAAGGUAUCAGCUACAAACAAAUGCACCACGAUUUCCGAGGCGAGGCUAUUUACACUGCCGAGCAAGACAUUCAUUUCCCCAUGCUCACUGUCGGCGAUACCCUCUUGUUUGCUUCUCGUGCCAGAACUCCACAAAACCUGAAACUACCAGAAGGUGUUACCAAGCCGAUGUAUGCAGCCCAUCUGCGGGAUGUGGUCAUGGCCACUUUUGGCAUUCGACAUACCAUCAAUACAAAGGUCGGCAACGAUUUUGUCCGUGGAGUCAGCGGUGGUGAGAGAAAACGAGUUUCGAUUGCCGAAGCCACUCUAAGCGGCGCUCCGUUGCAGUGCUGGGACAACAGUACGAGAGGUCUAGAUUCGGCCAACGCCAUCGAAUUUUGCAAAACCCUACGAACGUCGACCGAUCUGAAUGAAACCACUGCCGCUGUGGCCAUCUAUCAAGCUCCUCAGAGCGCCUAUGAUUACUUUGAUAAAGUGAUUGUGCUCUAUCAGGGCCGCCAGAUCUAUUUUGGUCGAACUACAGAUGCUCGACGCUACUUUGAAGAAAUGGGCUUCGAAUGCCCUAAGCGCCAGACAGACCCCGAUUUCCUUACAUCCAUGACCAAUCCCAUUGAGCGUAUCAUCAAAAAAGGGUUUGAGGGCCAAGUACCACGAACUCCCGACGAAUUCGCAGAGCGGUGGCAGAACAGUGAGGCUCGUCGACAACUGCUAAAGGAGCUUGAUGAGUUCGAGACAGCCAACCCUGUCGGAGGACCAAAUUUCCAUGCAUUCCAACAGUCACGGCGUAUUCAGCAGUCCAAAGCUCAGCGCAAGUCCUCGCCGUAUACUCUGUCCUAUGGCAGCCAAAUCACACUAUGUCUAUGGCGAGGUUUCAAGCGACUCAGGGACGAUCCCAGUAUCACCAUCACCCAGUUGCUCGGCAAUUGUAUCAAUGCACUUGUGGUUUCCUCUCUAUUCUACAAUCUACCGGCAAAUAGUGAUUCACUGCGUUCUCGAGCCUCACUCAUCUUCUUCGCAGUUUUGCUUAACGCUUUCGGAAGCGCCCUUGAAAUUCUUACUCUCUACGCACAAAGACCUAUUGUCGAAAAACAUACCCGCUAUGCACUCUAUCACCCGUCGGCCGAGGCAUUUGCUUCGAUGCUUACAGAUAUCCCGGCAAAGACCCUGAACGCUAUCGGAUUCAACUUGAUUCUCUACUUUAUGACCAACUUGCGCCGAGAACCAGGAGCCUUUUUCUUCUUCUUGUUUUUGUCGUACGUGCUCACGCUUACUAUGAGCAUGUUGUUCCGUUGUAUUGCUUCGGUUUCAAGAUCAUUGAUUCAAGCACUGGUCCCGACGGCAGUAUUGAUGAUUGCUAUCGUGGUCUACACUGGCUUCGUCAUUCCCGUUAAUUACAUGCAUGGCUGGGCUCGAUGGAUCAAUUAUGUUAAUCCGACCGCGUACGGCUUCGAAAGUUUGAUGGUCAACGAAUACAGCGGCCGAGACUACCCUUGCUCGACAUACAUCCCCCCAGCACCUCAAUUUGGGAACGGUUCCUCCGUCCGCCAGAUUUGUUCUGUGGUUGGUGCUGUUGCGGGACAGACAUCGGUCAGCGGUGAUGACUACAUCGGUAUCUCGUAUGAGUACUACAGCUCGCAUAAAUGGCGAAAUGUCGGAAUCCUCUUCGCUUUCAUGAUUGCGCUCCUCGCCGUGUACCUGGGCGCUACUGAACUGAUCUCAGCCAAAAAGUCCAAGGGCGAGGUUCUAUUGUUUCGUCGAGGUCAUAAGCCUGCCUUCUUGAAGGAGCGAAUAUCCGAUGAUGAGUCCGGAGAUACCGAUCCGUCUGUCGCACUCGAACGCCAGCAGACCAAAGAUGAGGAAUUGACACGCCAGGUCUCGGCAGUCAUUCAGAAGCAAACGUCGAUAUUCCAGUGGAGAAAUGUGUGUUAUGACAUCAAAAUCAAAGGCCAACCUCGGCGCAUUCUUGACCAUGUCGAUGGUUGGGUCAAACCAGGCACCAUGACAGCUUUAAUGGGAGUCUCUGGCGCUGGCAAGACCACUUUACUCGACUGUCUAGCAACUCGCGUCACCAUGGGUGUCAUCACUGGUGAAAUGUUGGUAGAUGGAAAGCAACGUGACGAGUCGUUCCAACGGAAAACCGGUUAUGUGCAGCAACAGGAUCUACACUUACAGACGUCUACCGUGCGAGAAGCUCUUCGGUUCAGUGCUCUAUUGCGACAACCACGAGAUGUGCCACGAGCAGAGAAGAUUGCAUAUGUUGAGGAAGUUAUCAAACUGCUCGACAUGCAGGAGUAUGCCGAUGCAGUUGUCGGAGUUCCGGGUGAAGGUCUCAAUGUUGAGCAGCGUAAGCGCUUGACUAUUGGUGUGGAACUUGCUGCACGCCCUCAACUACUCUUGUUCCUUGACGAGCCUACUUCGGGUCUUGACUCCCAAACAUCCUGGUCCAUUCUCAAUCUUCUGGAAAAACUCACAAAGGCUGGUCAAGCAAUUCUCUGCACCAUUCAUCAGCCGUCUGCCAUUCUUUUCCAACGGUUUGAUCGACUUUUACUCCUGGCAGCUGGUGGCAAAACGGUCUAUUUUGGCCCUGUGGGCAAGGAUUCGCACAUCCUCAUCGAUUAUUUCCAGAAAAAUGGAGCUCCCAAGUGUCCUCCUGGAGCCAAUCCAGCCGAAUAUAUGCUUGAAGCUAUUGGUGCAGCUCCGGGUUCCCACUCUGAUGUCGAUUGGUUUGAAGCCUGGCGAACCUCACCUGAAUACGAGGAGGUUCAACGUGAACUUGACGAGAUGAAGGCAGAGCGAUCACAAAUCGAAAGGCCCGAGACAGCUAACAAGAGCGACUAUUUCGAGUUCGCUGCCCCUUUUGGUUUACAAUUCUGGGAAACGCAGAGACGAGUCUUUGAACAGUACUGGCGAACACCCGAGUACAUUUAUUCGAAGUUGAUCCUCUGCGCGCUGACUGGUCUCUUUAUUGGUUUCUCGCUCUUCCAAGCACCCAAUACUCAGCAAGGUCUCAACAACCAGCUCUUCGGUAUCUUCAUGUUGCUCGUCUUAUUCUCACAGCUCGUUCAACAGAUCAUGCCAUUGUUCGUCACUCAACGAAGUCUUUACGAGGCUCGAGAACGACCAUCGAAAACCUACUCGUGGAAAGCCUUUAUGCUGUCGAACAUUCUAGUGGAACUUCCGUGGGCAACCCUCGGUGCCGUGGUCUUGUUCUUCUGCUGGUACUACCCUAUCGGUCUGUACAAUAACGCUGCAUAUACCGACUCGGUGACAUCUCGUGGCGGUCUGGAGUUUUUGUUUGUGUGGGAAUUCAUCAUCUUCAGCAGCACUUUUGCUCACUUGAUGAUUGCGGGUAUUGAGACGGCAGAAGCGGCGUCCAACCUGGCCAACGUCCUCUUCUCACUAUGUUUACUGUUCAACGGUGUCUUGGUCGGACCGAAUGCCAUGCCCGGCUUCUGGAUCUUCAUGUACCGAGUUUCCCCCUUCACCUACUUGGUGUCGGGUCUCCUUGCAAACGGUGUCGCCCACGCCCCUGUGCACUGUGCCGCCAACGAAUACCUCCACUUCAGCGCCCCCUCGGGUCAGACUUGCGGCGAAUACCUGCGGCCCUACAUCCAGGCUGCGGGCGGAUACCUGGUCGACGCCGACGCGUCACAGUGCCAGUUUUGUUCGCUGGACAAUACCGAUACAUUCUUGUCGUUGGUGAGCAUUCACUUCUCUGAAAGAUGGAGGAAUUUCGGCUUGUUGUUUGUUUACAUCGGUUUUAAUGUCAUCGCUGCGACUUUCAUCUACUGGUUGGCGAGAGUGCCCAAGGGCAAGAAAUACGCUGGCAAAGAUGAACAAAAGGGCCUGGUCAAGACUGCGAGUCACGCUUCGGGAGCACCAGAAGUCAACAAGGUGUACGAGAAGGGAACUUCGACGGAUAGCACCGAAAAGGGUCUAUCGACGCCGGGCCGAUCCAAGGCUGGAGACCCUGGGUCUGCUCCGAGAACGCCACCAGAAAUUUCACAGAGCGAAAAACAUCCUGUGGUGUAUGAACCCAUCAAGACUCACGCAGAUGAAUCUUCGCCGCCAACGACGUCGUCGGAAAAGAAGGAAGGUGAUGCCUCUGGCGUUGCUGCGGCUGGCGGCGCUGCAACAUCUUCGGACAGACCUGGACCAGAACGAUUCGUUACGGCCAGUGAAUUUUAGAGAGAAAGAAAAAAAGGGAGUCAUGUUUGAUCAGAGUUUGGCGUGACUGUUUUUGGAAGCAGAUUUGUACCAUACAUAUUAUUUUAUUUUGUUACCUUGAGUUAUAGACCUUGUGGAGGAAGUUGUUUGUCUUGUCAAAAGACGUGGUUGUAGAUAUAAAUGGAAGAUGUUGAAGUAUGAAAUUGGGAAAAGAGAAAGAGAAUAAAGAACUCUCCAAUCCAAUUGAG